UCCUUUUCGAGUUAUAUCAUGAGUCAAUGCCGAAUCAAGUAGUAGUACGGUUGAUCGAGUUUGAGUUGAAAUGAAGAUGAAGUCGCCAAUCCUUCUCCUCACAGACGAUCUCCUCCUCAAAAUAAUCUCCCUCCUAACCGACGACACCGAUCGCAAAUCACUCCGCUCCACAUGCAAACCCUUCCUCCACCUCGACUCCCUCCUCCGCACCCACCUCCGCCUCCUCCACCCCGACUUCCUCCCUUCCCUCCUCCCUAAACUCCCCUCCCUCUCCUCCCUCGACCUCUCCGUCUGCCCCCGCAUCGACGCCGCCGCCGUCUCCCUCCUCCUCCCCUCCGCCCCCCGCCUCACCCGCCUCCACCUCGCCCGCUGCUCCGCCCUCCCGCCCCACUCCCUCCGCGCCCUCGCCACCGCCUGCGCCAAUUUACAAACCCUCGACCUCUCCUACUGCACGUCCUUCGGCGAUCUCGAGGCGGCCGCGAUCUCCGCCGCCGCGUGCCUCAGGGACCUCAAUCUCGACAAGUGUCUCAACGUCACUGAUGUGGGGCUGGCUCAGGUCGCUGCGGGAUGCCCCGAGCUCGAGAGGCUCUCCCUCAAAUGGUGCUUCGAUGUGACCGACAUUGGGAUUUGGUUUCUCUCUAAGAAAUGCCUGCAUUUGAAACGCCUUGAUAUUUCAUACCUCAAGGUUUCGAAUGAGUCGUUUCGUUGGAUUAGUGGAAUGGAGAAGCUGGAGGCGCUGCAAAUGGUUGGGUGUGGAUCGGUGGAUGAUAAUGGCUUGCUGCAUAUUGCAAAUGGAUGUGCUUCGCUUAAGGUAUUGGAUAUAUCAAGAUGUGACAGAUUGAGCAUGGAUGCACUAUGUUCCGUUAUCCAUGGACAUAAUCGUUUAUUAGAGCUUCACGCAGGCUACUGUUUUCCAGAGCUUUCUAUGUCUUUUGUCGACCAGCUCAAGGACCUAAAGAGCCUUAAAAUGCUGAGAAUUGAUGGGGCACGAGUUCGAGAUUCUAUGUUAAAAUUCAUCAGCAACAACUGCAAGUGUUUGACAGAAGUGGGACUUGGAAAAUGCAGAGUGACGGACACGGGCAUCUUGCAUCUUGUGACGGGCUGUGUUAAUCUCAAGGUACUUGAUUUAACAUGUUGCAGCGACCUCACUGAUUCAGCCAUACUAGCUAUUGCACGUUCUUGUCGGGAUCUCUUGUGUCUUAAGUUGGAAUGUUGCAACUUGCUUGGUGAGGGUAGUCUCAACCAUCUCGGGUCUCACUGCAGAUUUCUUGAAGAGAUUGAUCUUACAGAUUGUUCUGGAAUAAACGAUAUAGGCUUGAAGUAUCUAUCAAGAUGCUCGGAGCUUGUAUCGUUGAAACUUGGACUAUGUGUUAACAUUUCAGACAAAGGAUUGUCUUAUAUGGCUUCAAAUUGCUCAAAGAUUCGAGAACUUGAUUUAUACAGGUGUGAAGGAAUAGGCGAUGGAGGUUUAGCUUCUAUAUCGCGUGGCUGCAAAAAACUGAAGGGGCUAAAUUUGUCAUACUGCGAUGGAGUCACUGACGAAGGGAUGGCGUAUUUAAGCUCGCUUGAAGAACUCUCCAGCCUUGAAAUGCGAUCUCUUCGAAACAUCACUGCUACUGGCUUGACAAAGCUUGCUGCAGGUUGCCGGAGAUUAGCUGAAUUGGAUGUAAAAAAUUGCAAGGGAAUUGAUGACUCGGGAUUUUGGGCGUUGGCUUACUACUCGAGGAAUUUACAACAGAUAAAUUUGAGUGGGUGUGCGAUCUCGGACGUGGGGCUGUGCAUGGUGAUGGGGAACUUAACUCGGCUGCAGGAUGCGAAGCUGCUGGACCUUGCCCGUGUAUCAGCAGAUGGUGUAGAGGUCGCCCUCCGAGCAUGCUGCGCGUGCCUCAAAAAGGUUAAGCUUAGUGCAUCUCUUAGGCGAUUGCUUUCACCUCAAAUAAUACAGACCUUGGAAGCAAAUGGAUGCAAGAUUAGAUGGGAUUGAUGCUUUUAAAUUGUAUCAAAAUCAUUAUGUAAUGUUUUUAUAUUUUUAAGAGGUUCAAAUAUAAGCUAGCUACGUAACGAAUGACAAGACUGGGGCCGGUUUUUGACAUUUUCGAGGACGACAUUUUUGACAUUCAA